AUGUCUGAUACUACUGGUAACGUUCCUAUCGCUGACGAGUCUCUUUACGGCUCUGAGACCCUCUUCCUUGAAGAUUGGCAUGUCCGUGUCACUUGGAUCGCCUUCAUGACAUUAUGGGUCAUUUGGGGUUUGGUUUGGGUUGUCCGAUCCUUCUUUGUAGGCCAAACUGUCUCUCCUACAACAACGAAUCCUGAAGCUGCUAUUGCAACAGAUGCAACUGGUGCUACUAAUGCUGAUGAUGUCCACAAGAACAAGUUCCAUUUGAAGGCUCCUGUCAUGACAGGUACUUUUGCUCCUCGUUUGGAAAGAGGCUAUCAUGUUAUCAAAGAUGCUCUCUUCUCCCUGGUAUGUUUACUUUCUAUGAACACAUUUGCUCGUGCUUCUACUCGUGCUGUUAUGAUUAUCACCUGGUUCAUCGUUGCUGUCGCUGUUGUUUGGUUUGUUCUUGAGCUCAUUGUUGACAACCGUUAUGCUCGUGGCCUAUAUGCCAUCAUCAUUUACGGUCUUGGUUUGGCCAUUGGUGGUCUCGCCUAUAAGCAAGGUUUCUUUUAA